ACGAGAGAAAUUAUAGUUCUUCCCCGUGUUCGUUGAUGACGUGUUUCUCAAAGUGGGAAAAUCUCUUUAAUGUUAAAGUGACGAUUUUAUAUAAAAGUAGCCAAACAUCUCAACGUUCAUUCAUUCAGUUCCAAAUCUUCCCAACAGAAAGGUUAUCGUUUUAGAAAAAAAAAACAAAAAAAAAUGAAGGGUCAACUCGCCGUCGCCAUUGCAAUUUGCUUUUUUGCAUUUGCUUCUGGAUAUAGAAGGCCUAAAGACUGGACCAAAGAUUUUCCUCCAAGUUCCACUGGUCCCUAUAAUCCUCAACCACCAAGAGAUGUGCUUCGAUUCAGACGAUACGCCGAUCCUCAAGGAUCAAUAACACUUGAAGGAACGAAACCACUGAGUGGUCCUGAUCGUCGUCCAUCUGUUAAUUUAGAUUACAAUCACAAUCUUUUAAAUAAUGGUCGCACCAACGUUGAUGCUUUUGGAGGAGCUAACUGGAGACAAGGUGGUCCAGUUGUUCCACAAGGUGGAGUAAAAUUCAAUCAUAAUUUUGGACGCAAUGGAAAUGGAUUUGUUGGAGGAUUUGGACAAGUUCAACCUGGUCCUCGUGGUGGAGUAUCGCCAAGCUUUGGAAUUGGUGGUGGUUAUAGAUUUAGACGUGACAUUCAAUUCGAAGACAAUGAAGAAAUUUUAGAAUCUCAAGAAAAUUUAGAAGAGUAAAAAAAAAAAUUUUUUUUCUCAAUUGAAAUCGCAAAAAAAUUAUUUAUAAUAAUAAUUACACUGAAAGUAAAAAUAAAUUUUUAUUUGAUUAAAAAUAAUCGAUUAUUUAACUAUUAGCAAAUAAAUAUUUAUUUAGAUCCAUAAAAUAUUUAUUUGAUUCAAAUAAAUAUUUAUUUGAUUUAAAUAAAUAUUCAUUUAUGGUUCAAAUAAAUAUUUAUUUGUUAAUAGCCAAGAAAUCGAUUAUUUGAAAUAAAUAAAUUUUUUUUUUUCUUAUUUUUUUGUGUAUUAAUUAAAAAGAAAAGCGAACAAUUUUUAAAGACUUUAUAGUGAUGCAUUUGUACUUGAAAUAAUUUAUAUUUAAUAUGUAAAUAAUUUAUAAAAUUGAACUAUAAGUUUAAUGUAAUUGUUUUUAUGAAAAAAAAAAAAUUGUAUGC